ACCCCCAGGCUGUGACUGCACACUAUUUCUAUGGUUGCCAGGUUUUCCUCCUUAGGCAUUCCCCACGACAGAUUUCCUCCGUUCUGUCCUGUUGGGCCAUCUCCCCAUCAGCAGCAGUCCUCAUCCUGGGAUUUCUCUCCAAUCCCCAUGGCUCCAGCAUCCAACCACCGUGGGCACCAGAGGAUCAGCGACCUUGUUCAAGGGUCCUGCCUGCUCCUGCUGCUGGUGGUGUCAAAUCCACUCUUGUGCCAGGGUGAGGACUAUGCACCAUACUGUAAAAACCAAACUGGCGAGUGCCGGAUUCCCCUUCAAAACCUGUUUGACACUGCAACCAUGGUGGCUAACUACAACCGAAGGCUCGCCAGGGAAAUGUUCGAUGAAUUUGGUAAGCAGUACGGCCAGAGAAAAAACUUAACUCCCAAGGUCCUCAGCAGCUGCCACACUACAUCCAUCACCACCCCUGAAAACAAAGAAGAAGCUGAAAAUACAGAGGACAAAAUCCUUUUUAGGUUGGUAGUCAGUUUGCUCCACUCGUGGGAUGAACCUCUGCAUCACCUAGUCACAGAGCUACUGCGCUUGAAAGAAGCCUCACCUGAUCUCUUGUCAAAGGCUGCAGAGAUUGAGGAAAAGACCAAAGUACUUCUAGAAGGUGUGGAAGAGAUACAAAAAAGGGUUCAUCCUGAAGAGCAGGAGAAGGAGACCUCCUAUCCAGUGUGGUCAGAACUCUCCUCCCUGAUGUCGGAAGAUGAUGAUGUGAACAAAACUACUUUUUAUAAAAUGUUCCACUGCCUACAAAGGGAUUCAAGUAAAAUUGAAACCUACCUCCAGAUGCUGAAGUGCCGAUACACCACAUGCUAAGCCCACAACUAUCCCAGCCAAUCCUGAGAUGGUUAGUGAUGAUCCAUCCCGUUGCAAGCUUCUUUGAAUUUUAUAGCUAUUUAAUGCAUGUUUGGGUGUAAUGGGUCUCAUCUGAAACAAAAUAAACACAGACUCUGUAGAGAUGUCAAAAUCUAAGAAGGAAA